AAUUACACAUAAAUCAAGGACUAAUCUGAAAUUGUCUCAAACAUAUAAAUAGUUUAUAUUGACACGGGGAAAGAUAAGGUCUCGCAUUUCAGUUCUUAUCCCUUGUUGUGCGCACCAUGUGCACGUUAGAGAAGCGCGGCAGUCUGUUCGUCCUCACCCUCACCGGCGACGAUGAGCACCGGCUGAAUCCGGCGAUGAUCACCUCCCUCCUCUCGCUCCUCGCCGAAGCCAGAUCCCAAUCGACGCGCGGAUCCGUCCUGAUCACGACCGGUCACGGCCGAUUCUUCUCCAACGGAUUCGAUCUCGCUUGGGCCCAAGCCGCCGGAUCCGCAUCCGCCGCCCGUGACCGCCUCCACGGCAUGGUCGAGUCCUUCAAGCCGGUGGUCGCGGCGCUCCUGGAUCUACCGAUGCCGACGAUCGCCGCCGUGAACGGCCACGCCGCCGCCGCGGGGCUGAUGCUGGCGCUGAGCCACGACUACGUCUUCAUGAGGAAAGACCGAGGCGUCCUCUACAUGAGCGAGGUGGACAUCGGGCUGUCCAUGCCUGAUUACUUCGCAACGAUGGUUCGGGCGAAGAUCGGGUCGAGCGCGGCGAGGAGGGAGCUGCUUUUGAGCGGGAAGAAGAUCGGAGGGGAGGAGGCGACGCAGCUGGGGAUCGUGGACUCGGCGGCGCACGAUAGCGCGGAGGGCGUGGUUGAGGCUACGAUGCGCCUCGGGGAGAGGUUAGCGUCGAAGAAAUGGAGCGGUGACGUGUACGCGUCGAUAAGGAAGAGUCUGUAUCCUGAGCUUUGUGUGAUGCUGAAAAUGGAAAACAGAAUAUUCGCAACUCCUAAGCUCUAAAUAGGGGGACAAAAUAUUAAAUUUUUGUAACGAUUGAUGAAAUAUGAAUGGGAAUAAACGGUCUCUGAAUAACAUUUUUAGUAUUGUGUAUUGUAAAGUUUGGAACUUUAGCUCUGAAAUAUUUUCAACAUGUCGGAAAUUUGGAGAUGA